AUGCAGGGAGAGUGCUCGAGUAUUGUAACAGGUUUGAUAGAUUGGAAACAGUUAUGGUCUCUAAAUGUACCUAUGAAGAUUAAGUUGUUUGUAUGGAAAGCUGCCCACAAUGUACUUCCCACUUUGCAAAAUCUGGCAAGCAAAAAGAUAGUUGCUAUUGACUUGUGUUCUAUAUGCAAGAGAGAAAUUGAGUCUCCAUUACAUGUAAUAUGGGGCUGUCCUGCAGCCAGUGAUGUUUGGGCCAUGUCAAGCUGUCCUACACACAAGUGGCCUAUUUCUUUUCCUGACUUCAGGACAUUGUGGUUCUCUUUGUGUUCUAAGCUGGAUGGGGAUUCUCUUCAGCUGGCCUGUUUUAUUAUGCAAAGGAUCUGGCUAAGGAGAAAUUACUUUGUGCAUGGAAAAGAUCUAGAAAGCCCUCAACAGGUGGUGACAGCAGCUAAUGCAGAUAGGGAUCUGUUUUUAUGCUCAUUAACAAACACAGAUGCAGUACCUUCUAAUAAUACGAGUGACAGAGGAAACAUAAGGUGGAAAAAACCAGAAAUCAGAACAUUGAAGGCAAAUUGGGAUGCUUCAGUGAGUACCAAACUCAAUAGAGCAGGCUAUGGUAUUAUUAUCCGAGAUGAGCAAGGAAAUACAAUGGUUUGUGUGUGUGCAAGCCACAAACCUGUUGUAAAACCUGUGCUGGCAGAAGGCCUGGCCUUAAGGAGGGCAAUGGAAGUUUGUGCUGAGUUGGGCUUGGGAAGGGUGGUGUUUGAAGGAGAUGCUAAGAUCAUUGUUCAGGCAGUGACUUCUGAUGAAGAGAUUAAUGCAGAUUAUGGGGUUUUUGUUAAUGAUGCUUGA